GCUUUUCUAUAAAAUCUUUAUUUAGUGUUGAGAAAAAUCAGAAAAGUGGCAGUGGCAAAAGUGGCAGACAGGAGCAAACAGCAGAAAGAUCCAUGAGUGUAUUCUAUCAGAGCCAUGUAUCAACUUCUGCUGCUUUUGGGGGUUUUCAGCCUUAGUGUUUGUCUUCCUCGUCAUUAUCACUUCAUUAAUGAGAAUAAGACCUGGUAUGAAGCACAGAGAUACUGCAGAGAGAAUUAUGAUGAUUUAGCCUCUAUUAAUAACACAGCUGAGGAACUGGCUGUUUCUGAGAUCACAGACAUCUGGAAGUACAAUCGGAGUUGGAUUGGACUGUAUGAUGAUUUGAACAGCUGGAAAUGGUCUCUGGAUGAUGAUUCUGUCUACAAGGAGGGAGAGAGAAGCUUUAGAAACUGGUAUAUACAGAAACCAAGAGACUGGUAUGGAAUCAGUUUGUGUGUGUAUUUAUCAAAUUAUGAUGGAGUUUGGUGGGACACCUCUUGUUCCACAAUGCUUCCAUUCAUUUGUUAUGAUGGCAGAGUGAAUGCCAGUGAAAGAUAUGUCCCGAUCUAUCAGAACAUGAACUGGACUGAAGCUCAGAGAUACUGCAGAGAGCAUUACACAGACCUGACCAGUGUGAGGAACGAGACCGAAAACCAGAAGAUUAGAUCAAUAUUUAAUAAUACGUAUUAUGCACCUCUUUGGAUUGGCCUGUACAGAACCAGAUCUUGGUCAGAUAAAAGCAACUCUUCUUUCAGCAACUGGAAACCUGGACAACCAGAUAAUUACAGACAGAAUGAAUCCUGUACUGCUGUGUCCUUUAACGAUUCUGGGAAAUGGACAGAUGAAAACUGUAGUCAAGCUAUUCCACUGAUCUGUUACAGCACAAUGCCAUCAUUACCCUCACAUCAGUAUCACUUUGUUAAUGUGAAUAUGACCUGGACUGAAGCACAGAGAUACUGCAGAGAGAAUUACACUGACCUGGCUACUAUUGAUAACAUGGAGGAAAUGAACACACUCCUUGAUACAGUGAAUGGAAUCUACUCAGGUUUAGCCUGGAUUGGACUCUAUGGUGAUGAGGACAGCUGGACAUGGUCUCUGGAUGAUGAUGCUUUCUACCAGGAGGGAGAGAGAGCCUUCAGAGGAUGGUACCAUCAACCUGAUAACUACAUUGGAAACGAGAUGUGUGUUUAUAUUGGAUCUGAUGGAACAUGGUUUGAUGGAGACUGUAGGGCAUAUUUACCUUUUGUUUGCUAUGAUGGAAUGAAUGGAACAGAGAAUUACACCUGGAUAAACCAGCCAAUGCCUUGGACAAAAGCUCAGCAAUACUGCAGAGAGCAUUACACAGACCUGGCCAGUGUGAGGAAUCAAACAGAUAAUCAACAAAUCCUCAACUUUAUAGGUGGCUCUCCUACUUGGAUUGGUUUAUACAGGACCAGACUCUGGUCAGACAAACAGGAAUCCACAUAUGAAAAUUGGAGACCAGCCACCUAUAAACAACCAGACAAUGGUAUUUAUAAUCCCUGGGAAUACGGUAAUCAGCACUGCACUGCUGUCUCAUUCAGAGAUUCAGGCCACUGGACAGAUGAGAACUGCUUAUCCACAUUCCCUUUUAUCUGCUAUAACAAAUUCUGCACAGGAUCAUCAUGCACCCUCCAUCAGUAUCACUUUGUUAAUGAGAAUAAGACCUGGACAGAAGCACAGAGAUACUGCAGAGAGAAUUACACUGACCUGGCUACCAUUGAUAACAUGGAGGAAAUGAACUCACUCCUUAAUACAGUAAAUGGCAGCUACUCAGGUUUAGCCUGGAUUGGACUGUAUGAUGAUCUGAACAGCUGGAAAUGGUCUCUGGAUAAUAAUUCUUUCUACCAAAAUGGAGAAAGUAACUUUAGUAACUGGUAUAUAAACAAUCAAGGGAACUGGAAUGGAAACAAUUUAUGUGUAUAUUUUACUUAUUAUGCAGAAUGGUGGGACACAUCUUGUUCUACAAAACGUCCAUUCAUUUGUUUUGAUGGCAGAGUGAAUGCCAGUGAUGAAUAUGUUCCAGUUUAUCAGCAGAUGAACUGGACUGAAGCUCAGAGAUACUGCAGAGAGCAUUACACAGACCUGACCAGUGUGAGGAGCGAGACUGAGAACCAGAAAAUCAGAUCAUUAUUUGUUGAUUAUAAUGAUGAUAAUGAUUAUUAUUUUUAUUAUUAUUAUUAUUAUUAUUCCGGUUUUUGGAUCGGCAUGUAUAGAACCAGUCUUUGGUCAGACCAAAGCAACUCUUCUUUUAGCAACUGGAAACCUGGACAACCGGACAAUUAUAGCCAAAAUAAAUCUUGUGCUGCUGUGUCAUUUAAUAAUGAUUAUUAUUAUGGGAAAUGGACAGAUGAAAACUGUGAUCAAGCUUUUCCAUUCCUCUGUUACAGCACAAUGUCCUCAAACUCCUCUCAUCAGUAUUGGUUUGUUAAUGAGAAUAAGACCUGGACUGAAGCACAGAGAUACUGCAGAGAGAAUUACACUGACCUGGCUACCAUUGAUAACAUGGAGGAAAUGAACACACUCCUUGACACAGUAAAUGGCAGCUACUCAGGUUUAGCCUGGAUUGGACUUCAUGAUGAUUUGGACAGCUGGAGAUGGUCUCUGGAUGAUGAUGCUUUUUACCAGGAGGGAGAGAGAGACUUCAGAGGAUGGUCCCAUCAGCCUGAUAACUACAAUGGAAAUGAGAUGUGUGUUUCCAUGGGGUAUGGAGGGAAGUGGUAUGACAGGCCUUGUACUGACAGAAAGUCAUUUGUUUGCUAUAACGGAAUGAACAACACAUAUGUGAUGAUUUAUAAUCAAAAGACUUGGGAAGAAGCUCAGAGCUUUUGCAGAGUGAGUUACACAGACCUGGCCAAUGUGAGGAAUGAGACUGAACUUCAACAAAUACUGAGCAUCAUGAAGGGCUAUGAGGUAUGGAUAGGUCUGUAUAGGAACCGAUUAUGGUCAGAUCAGAGUAACUCAACGUUUACAUAUUGGACACCAGAGAGUCCAGAACCAUCACCCGAACCUGAUAAUGGUUUGUAUUCACCUGGGCAAUAUGGAAAUCAGCACUGUACAGCUGUGGAUCCUUCUGGCCGAUGGACAGAUGAAAACUGUUUGGCCAGUUUCCCUUUUAUCUGCUACAGUGCAUUCACUCCAGGUGCUGUGAUGGGACUGCGAAUGAAAGUCACUGCUAAUGAAAAUCUAUUAAACUCUCAGAUUAAAAGGCUGGUCCUGAUGGAACUUCAGCAAGAAUUGAGUGGACUGGGACUUUCAAGCAACUACACUGUAAAUGUGAGAAACAUCCGUAAGCUCGGUCCAUAAAGGAAAAAGACUAGAUUAACAUUCAAAAUAUAAUAAUUCAACAAAUUCCAGGUUUUGUAGUGAUUUUUUUCUUUUAUUUACUCAUUUAUUUAGCAAUCUUUCUAUUCCAGAGCAGUUGGGAAUGCUGUAGAGUUCUAUUAAUACAAGAAUUAAGACAUUAAAAUGAUAAGUUUGAACAAACUGAAGAUUUUUGUGUAAAAAUAUUUUUACAAAAAAUGCCUCCUGAAAUGAC